AUGGCGAUGAGCGGUCAAGUUAGGGGAACCGAGCCUUGGAUAUUCAUGGGUGUUUGUUUUCUUUGGGAAGGGAAAUGGUUCCUCUUCGUAUCGCAACUACCAGAAAAUGGUGACGGAAUAGGUUCUACAACCCCACCAAAUGGGAUCUCCACGACACCAAAUCCAGAAUUCACCGAUAAACGUCUCCCAAGUAUAAUACCCAGCUAUUUUCAGGUUCGUGGUUUCGAUUCUAUUAAAGAAUACGAUUCUCUUGCACAUCCUCAGGUUGAAAUAGAGGCCGAGGCUUCCUCUGACACUGACUCAUUAUCUGAGUCCAUUGUCAUGCUGGAACGAGAUCAGCCCUCCCCAUCUCAACCUGAGAAGCCAUCAGAGGAGGAUGCGUUUUCGAACAUCAGCUCGUUACCUAACCCUCCCCUCUCUGCUUCUUGUUCCAUUCUACAAAAGGAACCAGAAGAAGCUGAGAAUGGCGCGCCUACUGAGAGAGGAAUGGGUUCUAUCUGCCGCGCAAUAAAGAACCUGCUGUCGCAGAAUUCUUUAAAGAUUGGACGGCACACAUCAGAUCCUGUUCCUUGCAGCAUCUCACACGAUCCUGUCCUUGCAUCUCACUUUGCUAAUCCAUGUCUCCCUACUUCCCCAACCUUAUCUCCUUCUAAUCAAUCUUGCCCGCUUUCCAAUUCGUCUGAAGAGCUGGCGAAGCUGACUGCCAAUCAACUACGAAAGAAUACACCCCCGCUCACCCCACGAGCAAUGUCAUCGAAUGAAAUUCCUCAAGCGGACGUAGUGGCCCGUUCUCCUGCUCAUAGCCAUCCUGAACCGCCAAGAUCAAGCCUGCAAACCCCUAAACCGUCUUCUUCUCACUCUACCGCCUUAUCAGAGAACCAAGGAAUUCCAGUAGGCUCACUCAAGGGGAAAUUAUCCGUCAAAAUAUCUGAGGGAAGGGGAUUGCGCCCGAGCUCUGAUCCUUACGUUGUCUGCGUCUUUGAGUUGAAUGAAUACAUUUCAAACGGUGCUCAAACUGAGGAGCCUAUCGAAUUCGAGCCCGAGAAUGGAACAAAUGAGACACUAUCAUCUGUACCGAUCCAACGAUCCAACAGUGAUUCAGGUCGCCCCAUGGCUAUCCCAAUGAAAAGUCGACAAAGUAGUAACAACAGCUUGUUGGAUAGGCAUGACCAUAAGGGGCUAAGUGAGGUUACGGAUCCUUUGUGGAAUCAUGAAGCCGUUUUUGAUGUCCUUGGGGAUGAAUCUGAAAUUGAAGUUUCGGUUUACGAUCGAUCGAACCACGAAGCGUUCUUGGGUCACGUAAAGUUGCGUGUCAGUUUUAAGGAAGAUAACAAAUUAAUAGCAGGAUGGUAUCCUCUUGUGGUUCGUGAUCGCGGUGACGGCUAUGUGUCGGGAGAGAUACAUUUAGAAAUGAGCUUUCAGAAAACAGACAAGAAGCAGUUUGGACCAAAUGAUUUCCAAAUCCUUAAACUCAUAGGGAAGGGAACGUUUGGGCAAGUCUAUCAAGUGAGAAAAAAGGACACCCAGAGAAUCUACGCGAUGAAGGUCCUUUCCAAAAAGGUGAUCAUUCAGAAAAAAGAAGUAGCCCAUACACUUGGCGAAAGGAACAUCCUGGUCCGGACUGCUAUGACGAAUUCUCCUUUCAUAGUUGGCCUCAAAUUUUCUUUUCAAACACCCACAGAUUUGUACCUUGUCACAGACUACAUGUCUGGAGGUGAGCUGUUCUGGCAUCUGCAAAAAGAAGGGAGAUUUCAUGAAGCUAGAGCGAAGUUUUACAUCGCUGAGUUGAUACUAGCUUUGCAGCAUCUACACGAACAUGACAUAGUGUAUCGAGACCUCAAGCCAGAAAACAUCCUACUUGAUGCAAAUGGUCACAUUGCGCUCUGCGAUUUCGGUCUAUCCAAGGCAAACUUGACCAAAAACCAAACGACAAACACGUUUUGUGGCACAACAGAGUAUCUUGCCCCAGAAGUUCUCCUUGACGAACAAGGUUACACAAAAAUGGUGGACUUUUGGUCAUUGGGUGUACUGGUUUUCGAAAUGUGCUGCGGAUGGAGUCCGUUCUACGCAGAUGAUACGCAGCAAAUGUAUAAGAACAUCGCCUUCGGGAAAGUGAGAUUUCCCCGUGAUGCUCUCAGUUCUGAGGGACGCAAUUUUGUCAAGGGCCUCCUUAACCGAAACCCGAGGCAUAGACUUGGAGCUUCUGAUGAUGCCAGAGAACUUAUGGCCCACCCCUUUUUCCACGACGUUGAUUGGGAGGCCUUAGGCAAGAAGAACGUGGCCCCUCCGUUUAAACCGAAAUUGAAAUCAGAGAUGGAUACCUCCUACUUCGAUCCGGAGUUUACAACUGCGCUGGAUCAUGCGACCUCCCUAAAUGCACGCGCCGCUGCACUUGCAGCUGGCGCCAUGCCAGCAUCAACUCCCAUAUCUCCGGGAAUGCAGGCCAAUUUCCGAGGAUUUACAUUUGUCAAUGAAAGCUCUAUGGACCAACAUAUGAAGGAUGUUCAUAUGGAGGGAAGUUACAGGCCAGAUGAUACCUGGGUAAAACAAUCACACCGUCCCAUAGGUAGUGGAAGGGCAGAACAUCGUAUGAGCGGCAUUGUGAAAACGAGCGAACCCACUGAAGGUGCUGGUAUUUUUGGUGAUGAAGACUACCACUUCGAUAUGCAGUGA